GCUGUGUCGUUGCAGCGUCAAACAAUUGCCUGUUCAGACCAGAGCAAUCUAACUUAAUUUGCUUGAACGGAACAUCUGAAACUGGGCGGUCGAUGGCGAAAAUUGCGUUAGGGUGCGACCCAGUUGUGGGUUCACUAGCCUCAUCCAAGAAGAGAGAGUACAGAGUCACCAACAGAUUGCAGGAGGGGAAGCGUCCCCUCUACGCCGUCGUUUUCAACUUCAUUGACUCGCGUUACUUCAACGUCUUCGCCACCGUGGGCGGGAACCGGGUGACUGUUUAUCAAUGUCUUGAAGGAGGCGUUAUAGCAGUUCUGCAAUCAUUCGUUGAUGAAGAUAAGGAUGAAUCUUUUUACACAGUGAGCUGGGCAUGUAGUAUUGAUGGAAUUCCAUUUAUUGUAGCUGGAGGAAUCAACGGUAUCAUCCGUGUAAUUGAUGCCAGCAAUGAAAAGAUACACAAGAGUUUUGUUGGGCAUGGGGACUCGAUAAAUGAAAUCAGGACUCAGCCCUUGAAACCUUCACUUGUGGUGUCUGCAAGCAAAGAUGAAUCAGUUCGGCUGUGGAAUGUUCACACUGGAAUUUGCAUUUUGAUAUUUGCUGGAGCCGGGGGUCAUCGCAAUGAAGUCCUAAGUGUGGACUUCCAUCCAUCAGACAUAUAUCGAAUUGCAAGUUGUGGAAUGGACAACACUGUCAAGAUUUGGUCAAUGAAAGAGUUUUGGACAUAUGUAGAGAAGUCAUUCACAUGGACAGAUCUUCCAUCAAAAUUCCCAACAAAAUAUGUACAAUUUCCUGUGUUCAUAGCUUCAGUUCAUUCCAAUUAUGUUGAUUGUAAUAGGUGGCUUGGUGACUUUAUGCUGUCAAAGAGUGUUGACAAUGAGAUUGUGCUGUGGGAGCCCAAAAUGAAGGAACAGUCGCCUGGGGAGGGUAGUGUUGACAUCCUUCAAAAAUACCCUGUUCCUGAAUGUGAUAUUUGGUUUAUCAAGUUUUCUUGCGAUUUCCAUUACUAUGCAGCUGCUAUAGGGAAUCGGGAAGGGAAGAUCUACGUUUGGGAAUUGCAAAGUAGUCCCCCUGUCCUCAUCGCAAGGCUAUCUCAUAAUCAAUCCAAAUCUGCAAUUAGGCAAACUGCAAUGUCAUUCGAUGGGAGCACCAUUCUCAGCUGUUGCGAGGAUGGAACCAUAUGGCGCUGGGAUGCAACAUCAUCUUCAUAGGUCUAUCCAAGUGCAUCAGAUUCCUAACAUAGCUUAGUUUGGGCUUUUUUUUUUCUGUGUUUUCUUUCCCCAUCAGGAACCAGUUUAGUUUGACUAUCACAUUAUGUAUGAAACAGGAUUUGUAUUUUGAGAACCCAAUUUAUCUAAACUGUUCCAAAGUUAAUGGUGUUGAAGGUUGGUGCAGUUAAUGACAAGUAGCUACGCUUUGCUCCUUGUAAUAGGAAGAGUAGCAAAACA